UCUGAUAGGGAGCAGGCUGCUUCCCCUUUAACGGCUGACGCACUUCGUGUCCCACUUUGGAGAAAGCAGCAGCAGCAGCAGCUGUGGGGCCGGAGGGGACGUCGGCGCUUCGCUGGACCCUCACACCGUCCACCAUCAUGGAGUUUCUGCUGGGGAACCCGUUCAGCUCGCCGGUGGGGCAGCGGAUCGAGCGUGCCACUAACUCCAGUUUACCAUCCGAAGACUGGGAGCUAAACAUGGAAAUCUGUGACAUUAUCAACAGCUCAGAGGAAGGGCCCAGAGAUGCAGUCAGAGCCAUAAAAAAGAGGAUUCUCGCAAACAAGAACUUCAAGGAAAUCAUGUUUGCUCUUACUGUCCUUGAGACCUGCGUGAAGAACUGCGGCUACAGAUUUCACAUCCUGGUGACGACGCGUGACUUCGUGGAAGGGGUUCUGUUACGCUCCAUCAUUCCGAGGAACAACCCUCCGCAGGUUGUGCAUGACAGAGUCCUCGCCAUCAUACAGGCGUGGGCAGACGCAUUCCGCAGCUCACCCGACCUGACAGGCGUGGUGUCAGUGUAUGAAGACCUGCGAAGGAAGGGACUGGAGUUCCCCGUGGCUCAGCUCGAUGGCUACUCGUCGACUGAAGCUCCAAAAAAGCAUUUACCCAGGAAUGGGCCUACUGUUACUACUUUACCUGCUAUGCGCCUGUCUUCUAAACCUCCUCUCAUCCCAGCUCACACCUCUGAGCUCAAAUUGGCCCUGGAGGGAACCGGUGCCUUCACUCCUAGCCAGAUAAAGAUGCUAAAGACGGAGCUGGGAGUGGUGCGUUGCAACCUCUCCACCAUGUCAGAGAUGAUGAGCCAGCUGGAUCCAGUCACAGUCAAACAAGCAGACAUGGAGCUGCUGGAGCAGUUGUACACUGUAUGUAAGGAAAUGCAAGACAGGAUCGUGAAGAUCAUCCCUAGACUCAGUGAGGAGAAUCUGAUCGAGGAGUUACUGGCCACCAACGACGAAAUGAACACCGCCUUCACUCGCUACCACAGGUUUGAAAGGAGAUUAACAAAUGGGCAAAGCUCAGAGCAGAAGAGCCCCUCUUAUGUGAACCUGUCGGAUUUCGAUUCACCUAUCAGCCAAUCAGGGUUAACUUCAGUUAAAAGCGACAGCUCCCUCAGUCUGUCUAAGCCGGACAGUUUGUCCAGUCAGUUGGCUAAACUGAGUACAAGUGAAUCAGAUGACGUGUUAUCACAGAAAAUAAACAUCUCAAGCCAACAAAGACUGAGUGAUAUGAACGAAGUGGACGGUCUGGCUCAAGCCCAGGAUAGCACUUUACAAAACACUGGAUUGAAGGAUGAGAGUCCCGCCUCGACCCACAGCUCUUCACCAAAGUUAGAUUGGAUGAUUAAAAGGGGAAUGAUUCCCAUCAACCAGUCCAACGUCAUGGAUGAUAUAGAGAAAUGGCUCUCAUUAGAAGAUGAGGUUAGUAAAAGGACUUUAUGUUCCAUGCCUUUUCCAAUAAAAUUUUAAUAUUUAAAACACACA